AGACCGUAACGGUUGUAGUCGUAGUGUCGUUGUCGUACAACUGUCGUAGUAUAUGAUAGUAUAAUAAUAAUAUGUACAUUAUACAGUAAGUUGUUCGUCGUCGCAAUCAUCAGUCGUCAAAGUGUCAGACAAGUUCAACGUUUUAACGUAUAUUUAACGGCCAUAAUGUCAUAGUCUCUCUCGUACUAUUCUGUGCUCUCAUAUUAUACUCAUAACUCAUACCGAAACCGAAAACGAAAAGCCGAAUUAAUAAACUAUCUGAAACGCUCAAAUAAUAUUUAAAUUAAAUCAUUUAAUACAGAUGACCAGUAAAUUACGUGCUCUUUAUCCACGUACCCGAUAAUUUAAGCCAAAAUGGAAAAUUUCGAAUCCAUUAUUCUUCGCUGGAUGUGUUUAUUUGAUGAAUUUAAGAACAAUGAAUAUUCAAAUACAAAACAUCUUAUAUCAAGUACAUCAUUUAAACAAUUUGCUGAUGAUGUAUUUUGUUUGAAAUGUUCUUCAGCUCUGAGCACAGACGAUACAAAAGUUUACAACACUAUAAAAGUGAACUAUUGUGAGUUUGAAGUUCUAAACUAUGAAGACUUAUAUAAUGAAGACAAUGCAAUUUAUGCAUGUGUUAUUGUUUUGCUACAUGCACUAUUAAAAUGUACUAAUGACAAAUUCAGAAAUCAGUUAAGUGAAAGAAUGAAUAAUGAAGAGCAAGUGUUACUAGCAAAUUUCUUAGAAGCUACACAAUCAUUAUUAUUCACCAAAAAAAAUAUUUCGGAAGCUCUACUGUUGAUAAGUGAUUCUAAGCAUACUUGUAUUAAUGUUUCAGAAAUAUGUUCAAAUAAUGACACUCCAAUCAAGUCAAAAUCAAUGCACCGAAGCUAUUUACAAGAAUUUUGUCAGUCACCAAAAUCUCAAUCCUUAAUAAAUCAAGAAAAAGAAAAACUUAUUAUCAAACUUACUGAAGACUAUAAAAAUGAAUGUGAAGAAAACUACAAGUUGGCUGAAAAUGUUAAAUACUUCAAAGAUCUAAAUACAAAACUAAGUAAUAAAUUAGAAGACAAAGAUAAAAUAUUACAAAUAUUGAAAGAUGAAAUCAAAGAAUAUUCUAAACCAAACCAGUCUCCCGAAUGUUUAAAAGUAGACAAUGAUUUAACUAUAAAAAAAUUAAACAGAGACAAAAUAGAUUUGGAAAUGAAUUGCAAUGAAUUAAAGCAACAAGUAACAGAACUUGAUAAAAAACAUAAAGACCUUAAUGGAAAAUUUGAAAAGAAAACUUUAGAUUAUAACAAUCUCAUUUUAAUGUUUGACAAUAUUGAAAACGAAAAUAUGAAGUUAAAAUCAAACUUGAAAUUAUUUGAAGAAACCAUACAAAAAAAAGACAUUGAAAUAACUUCAUUAAAAGAUGAACUAUGUAAUAAAUCAAUUACAAAUAAUCCAACAAAUAUAAGCGGCCAAGAGACCAAUGUUAUGUCUUCAAAUACAUUAUUUAAUGAAUUAAGUUGUUUAAAAUUAGAAGAAAUAACACAUGAUAAAGAAAAGUACAGACAUAAGUACAAAUCAAUAAAAAAAGACUUAUCAAAUACUAAAAUUCAUGUUAAAGAAUUAAAUGAGAAAAUAAUUAUAUUGGAAAGAAAAUUGGAUGAUCAUGAAACUCAUAAGAAUGAACUGAUAGACCGAUUCUCAAACAAAAUAAAAGAACUUCAAGAAUAUCAAAAGAAAAAUAAUAAUUUAGAAUCAACAAUUAAGCAUCUUAAAGAUACUAUCAAAGACAAUGAAAAUCAUAUUCAAUCGCUGUGCUCUAAAUUAAAUAAAAGAGAAAAGCAAAUAGAACUAUUGUCCGUUGAAAUUGAUUCUGUGAAAAAAUCAAAAACUAUGAUUGAACUAAUUUUAAGCAAAACUAAUACAGAAAUUGAAGCAGUACAUGAAGAACACGAUGAAAAAGUAAAAAAAUUACAAUCAAUAAUUGAUGAAUAUAAAAAUUCAGAAAAACUAUCUCAUCAAAACAUUAUGGAUUUAGAAAAUAAUAUAAAAAAUGUUCAAGAUAAUUUAGCAAACAAAGAACACAUUAUAAUUUUUUAUGAAGAAAAAAUGGCUGAAAAUUACCAAAUUGUUGGUACUCAAGAAGAACAAUUGAAAACUAUGUACCAAGAAAAACUUAUGUUAGAAUCACAUUUAAAAAAUAUAAAAAUUGAAAUUGAAACACAGCAGAAAAGUUUUAGCGAAAAAAAUUGUGAAAUGGAAAACUGUUUGGAAUAUUAUCUUGACGAGUUGAAAGAUCUCAAGGAUGAAAAAUCAAAAAUUGCAAACAUUUUACAAUGUAAACAAAAUGAAAUAGAACAACAACUGAAACUGAUUAACAAUCAAAAAGAUAUAAUUAAAACAUUACAAUCAGAACAAUGUAGACAACAGCUAAUCAUAAAUAAUCUUGAUGAAGUUUUGCAACAAAAAUCUUCCGAAAAUAACAAUUUAUGUGCAAAAGUACUGGAAUCUACAUUAGAUUUAGAUAAGUUAAAAGAACAACUUGAUGCAGCAUUGGUUGAAAAUAAUGUAAUUAAAACUAAUUUAAGGAAUGAUGAAUUGCAAAUAAAAACUAUGAAUGAAGAAUUUCAAUUUCAGCUUAAUGAUAUGAAAAAUAUAUUAGAAAAUCAAAAUAAUCAGUGUUUAAUAAGGGUUGAGAAAUUACAAGACACUUUAGAGAAAAAGCAGAAUGAUUUUAAUGAACAGCUUAUGACGUGUAAUAAGCUAACAGAAACAAUUUCUCAGUUACAUUUGGAAAAAUAUGAACUAGAAGAGAAAUUAAUAUCAAGUGGUCAAGAAUUAAAUCAAAAACAAAUACAAUUUGAAAAAACCACUGAAGAAAAUAAUAAACUGAAAGAAACAGUUGAUUAUACUGAAAAUCAAUGUAUUAACUUGCAACAAAAAUUAAAAGAGUUGGAGAACAUUAUGUUACAAAAAGAAGAAGAAAUCAAAUUAUUCAAAGUUCAUAUAUCAGAUUGUUCAGUUUCUAAAGAAAGUUUACAGAAACAAAUUAUUGAAGUACAACACAUUUUGAACAAUAAACAUAUUGAGUUAGAAAAUCAAAUUCAGUGUUGUAAUGAGCAGAUAGAUAAUAUUAUAAAAUUAAAUGAUGAAAAAGAGUAUCUUAACAAUAAAAUAAAAAACCUUGAGCAAAUCACUGAAGUAAAUAAUAAAUUGAAAGAAACAGUUGAUUAUACUGAAAAUCAAUGUAUUAACUUGCAACAAGAAUUAAAAGAGUUGAAGAACAUUAUAUCAGAAUGUUCAGUUUCAAAAGAAAGCUUACAGAAACAAAUUAUUGAAGUACAACAAAUUUUGAACGACAAACAUAUUGAGUUGGAAAAUCAAAUUCUGUGUUGUAAUGAGCAGAGAGAUACUAUUAUUAAAUUAAAUGAUGAAAAAGAGUAUCUUAACAAUAAAAUAAAAAACCUUGAACAAAUCACCGAAGAAAAUAAUAAACUAAAAGAAACAGUUGAUUAUACUGAAAAUCAAUGUAUUAACUUGCAACAAGAAUUAAAAGAGUCGAAGAACAUUAUAUUACAAAAAGAUGAAGAAAUCAAAUUAUUCAAAGUUCAUAUAUCAGAAUGUUCAGUUUUUAAAGAAAGCUUACAGAAACAAAUUAUUGAAGUACAACAAAUUUUGAACGACAAACAUAUUGAGUUGGAAAAUCAAAUUCUGUGUUGUAAUGAGCAGAGAGAUACUAUUAUCAAAUUAAAUGAUGAAAAAGAGUAUCUUAACAAUAAAAUAAAAAACCUUGAACAAAUCACUGAAGAAAAUAAUAAAUUAAAAGAAACAGUUGAUUAUACUGAAAAUCAAUGUAUUAACUUGCAACAAAAAUUAAAAGAGUCGAAGAACAUUAUAUUACAAAAAGAUGAAGAAAUUAAAUUAUUCAAAGUUCAUAUAUCAGAAUGUUCAGUUUCUAAAGAAAGCUUACAGAAACAAAUUAUUGAAGUACAACACAUUUCGAACAACAAACAUAUUGAGUUAGAAAAUCAAAUUCAGUGUUGUAAUGAGCAGAGAGAUAGUAUUAUUAAAUUAAAUGAUGAAAAAGAGUGUCUUAGCAAUAAAAUAAAAAACCUUGAGGAUUCUUUGACUCACAAUGAAUACAAAUUUAAUUUAUGCGAAGGAAAAUUGUACGAUUGCAGUAACACAAUUGAAAAUUUAGAAACUAAAAUAAAUACAAUGAAUAAUGAAAAGUCAUUUUUAGAAUUGCAACUAAAUGAAACUAUUACUAAAUUAACAAAUAAAAAUCAAGAUCUUACUCUGAAACUAGAAAUCAAAGAGACAAAUGUAUUGGAUAUUCAAGAAAAAUUAAUUAUUGAACAAAAUGAUUUAAAGAAACAAAUAGAAAAGUCAAAUGAACAAAUAAAAACAAUAUCUUUAUUAAAUGCUGAUAAAGAUAGAUUAGAAGAAGAAAUCAAUAAACUUCUAAAAUGUAUGAGUAUAAAUGAAUAUUCAUUGAAAUCAUUGCAAGAAAAAGUUCUUAUUUGUGAAAAAGAGUAUGAAGAAUUACAAACAUUGAAGACAAAUUUAGUAUCUGAACUUAAUGAAAGCCAGUUGAAAUUAACAAAUUUACACCAGGAAUCAAAGAAAAAACUCGAGGAUAUGGAUACAAAAUAUAUUGAAUUACAAGAAAAAUAUAAUAAAAACCAGGUUGAACUUAGUGAAUAUAUUAUCAAAUAUAACACCCACAUGAAAACAAUUACUGAUUUAAUCUCAGAGAGAGAUAAUUUGAUAAAUAAAACAGAUGCGCUUCAGAGUGCUUUAUUAGAUAAAGAUAAUGUUAUUACUGCUAAUCAAGAAAAAUUGCUUGAGUAUGAAGAAAUGAAUGAUAAAAUAAUAAUCGAAAAGGCUGUAAUGGAAGUACAAUUAGAGAACAUUCAACACAAUCUUACUCAAAAACUUGAAGCAACCAAUAAAAAAUUAAAAGAAGUUGAGGUACAGCUUAUUAAUCAGAAAGAGGAAUUGGAUAAACAAAAUAAAUGUUCAAUUGAACAAGCAGAAAAAAACAAUUUGUUAAUGUAUGAAAAUAAUAAUUUGGUAAAUGAAACAAAUAAACUUAAAGAAUGUUUAGUUCAACGUGAAUUUGAUUUAGGGUUAAAUCAAAAUAAAUUGCAGGAUUUAGAUAAACAAAAUAAAGAAAUAGAAUGCCAAAAUAUGUCAUUGAUGAUGGAAUUGAAUGAACUGAAAUGUCAAUUGAAUAACUUAAGUCGAGAAUCCACUGAAGAAAUUGAUAAAAUGGAUAAAAAAUUGUUGGAAGCUCAAAAACAACUUAGCCAUAAGCAAUCUGAAAUUAAACUGAAGAACGACUCAAUAACAGAUAUCUACCAGAAAAUAAAAUACUUAAAAGAUGUGAAAGUUGAACUUGAAUCAAUAAUAAAAAAAGAAAAAAAACAAAUUGAAAUUUGUUUUGAAACAUGUUUGAAUUAUUCAUUUGAUUAUAUUAAAAAUAACCCUAUAGUAGAUCAUCAUCAUGAUUCAUUAAUUGAAGUUAUAACUUCUGCGGAUACAUUUAUCGAACAAAAUGGUAUUCAGUUGGCUCGAGUUGAAAACUGUGAUGUAAACUCGAUUAUUGAAAGGGUGAAAAAAAUAUUUGAAGCAUUGAAAAUGUUUAUAAUAAAUUUAAAAACCCAAGGAAUUGAACAAAUAAUGAAUCAUACUAAUAAUGAAUCCAAUGAAGCUUAUACUGAAUUACUAGCUUUAUCAAAAACUCAACAAGAAACCAUUAAACACUUGGAAACCGAAAUGUCAACAUUGAAAACGGAAUGCGUUUAUAAAAUGACAAAAGUGCAACAAAAAACUCAAGAAUAUGUAACUUCAGAAUACGAAAAGAAGUUUGAACGAAAGCGAGAACAAAUGAAACAAUUUUGUAAAGAUUUAGAGGCAAAAAUUCAUCAAGAUUUUGAAGCUAAACUGUUAAAAUACAAAGACAAAAUAACCAAAGAUGAAAUUCACAUUAAAGAACUCGGUCAGCAGUUAUGGGAAGUUAGUGAAAAAUAUUUAAGGUUACAACAAAAAGAUAGAAGAGAAUCUACAAUGUCAUUACCAUUUGAAAUGUCAAUAAUUUCUGAAACCGCAACCACUCUCCCAAAAUAUAAUUCUUUUACACUGCCAAAGUCCAGCUCAGCCGGUCAAAUCAGAUCACUAGUAGAAGAGACCACUCGUUGUUAUCCAGAUAGUAAACGAAAUGUGCCUGCAGGAAUUGGUAAAAAAUUCAGCUUAUCGUCUGGUAAAAUAUUUCCAAAAGAAGAAGAUGAGGAAGGUGAAAUGUUCAACCACUCAUGCCUUGCCGAUCUAAAAGAAGGGAAAGUAAGACUCAAUGAUAAUAAAAAACAAUAUAAUGAAAGACUGUCAGAACUACAAGCCCGCAACUCACUUUGUCCACCACAUUUAAGAAGUUGUUAUGCUGCAGAGACUAAUUUCUUGCCAAAUACCUCAUUAGUUACAGAAGAAGAUAUUAAGACAACCGCUAAUUAUAGUGAUUAUGAGACUGAAAACCUUAUCCCGAAUGAUCGUACCAAGAAAAAAGAUAGAAAUCAGACAUCCUAUAAGAAACCAGGACCACCAACUCCAAGCAAAAAUGGAGGUCGUGUUUCUUUAUCGAACAAUGCUAAAAACACUUUAAAAGAAUCUAAAGAAUCAAAUACUAAUAAAAGACGAGCUAGCAGUACUCCAAACAAAUUAUUUAGCUUAUUUAUGAGCAAAAAGAAUUAAUUUUAUAUAAUUUUUCAGGAUUUUGAAGUAUCUAACUGUUGCACAAUUAUUUUUAUGUUUAUAAAAUUUGUAUAUCUUAUUACA